AUGGAUAGUUUACUGGAUCAACAAGAGCCUCUUAGCAACGAUACGGACCCAUUUCUGCGUGUUUACCGUUACGCGGUCACUUUGCAUCCCAGUCCGUUUUUGUCAACACGGUACACGAUCGAACCUCCUUCAGCUAGCCCUAGAACGUCCAGUGACACGCCAACCAAGCAGACUCCGCUACCGCCGUCACUAGCGUCUAACGACUUUUCGAAGCAAACUCCACGACAAACCCAUGGCCAUGAAGACAACAAGGCAGAAUCACGAGUGCUUGUCCCUCGACGCGGCGCAUCCAACAUACCCGCAACGGCUCCACGGGCCGUGGUCAACACGCCACAGAGAACCGUCACAGUAACCCUGUAUGCCGCCAACCACAGGCCAUACGAAGUCCCCAUUAAGUUCUACCAUCAGCAAACCACUAGGCAUUCACGUCUCGAACAGAUUUGGGCUGGUCAAAUGCAAGGAGGGCCCGAACUCCUUUCGUGGAUUGAGAUCGUCCGUCACAAACUCUUCGCCCAAAUUCCCGGCUUCGUUUUUGUACCCCAGGAUCCUUUUCUCAGCCCCAUAGAGACCGUCAACCUCAUGGGCGGCCUAACCGAUCAACGCGAUGAUAUGCAAAAACUCUCGCAGCUGACAGCCAAGUUUUUGCGAGAAUACUUCGCCAAUAUGAGCAUGGAAGACCGGCCGGUGUUGUACAGCCAAGCUCAGAAGAUAGGAGACGGGCAAAAGCUCGUUGACUUCCACAAGGAGAGCCUCCACGAUAUCUUCUUCUCCAUUCAAGUCCACAGGAAAAAACAGAACAAGAACAUUGUUGGCGACCACUUGAAGGGGCCACAUCCGUUGGUGGCUAGAGCGGCAAAGGAAAAGUAUGUUCAGGAAGCGUGUUUUCCUAUUCAUCCAUGUGUGAUGAAGAAGGUCGUUCAACAUGUUGUUGAGGCGCGCAAAACUUAUCUGCUCAAGAAGCAGGAUCGAGCUCAGGCCCAACCACACGUCCAACCUCAAUUAAACCGGUCUGGUUCAAUUCGCACGAUGAGAAGCUGCGUCUCAUUGAAAGCAAACGAUAUGAACAACAACAGCAUUCGCAGAAUGAAAAGUCACGCCUCCCUCAAAGACACCGAGUCCACCAACAUAGGCAAAAAUAUGAUCAUUCCUUUACCUCCAAUCCCCAUAGAAGACUGGGGCUGUCGUGAUCCCCACGCCUGGCUAGUCGGAUGGGACUUGGAGAUGGAGAGCUUGGCUUACAUGCGUCGGAGCAGCGAUUUUCCUCGCCUUGGCAAGGUUCAGGAACGCCAGCUUGUGUUGUACCAGUUCGCCAGGAGUGUUGAUGAGUGGUUGUGGCGCUUGGAACAGGCAGAGAAGAACACUGGAUGUGGACUUGGACUGACUGAACCGGAAAAGGUGAGGGCCUGUGAAAUGGAGAACUUGAAGGAUACGGAGGAGUUGUUGAUUGAGCUUUGA